AUGUUUCGGGAAGGAAUUAUAUGGGAAAGCUUUGAGCAUCCUGGUGAUACUAUGCUCCCGUACUCAAGUCUGAUGUAUAACCUCGACACUAGUAAGAACCGUGUGUUGACUUGUUGGAAAAGUGACACUGAUCCAUCGCCUGGCGACUUUGUGCUUCAGAUUACACCGCAAGUGCCAUCACAGGCGAUUACUAUGAGAGGCUCGACGCCUUACUGGAGAAGCGGUCCAUGGGCUAAAACAAGGUUCACUGGGAUACCGCAAUGGAUGAAACAUAUACAAGUCCAUUCAGCCUUGAGCAGGACGCAAACGGCAUCUCCAAAAUGUAAAUGCUUCAAAGGGUUUGUGCCAAGAGACGUUGAGAAGUGGAAAAGAGGAAACUGGACUGAUGGUUGUGUGAGACGCACCGAACUACAUUGUCAAGGAAACUCUACUGGUAAAGAUGCAAACGUCUUCCAUGCAGUUGCCAACAUAAAGCCUCCAGACUUUUAUGAAUUUGUGGCAAGUUCUGGAAAUGCUGAAGAUUGCUACCGAGGCUGCCUCCAAAAUUGUUCUUGCUUGGCCUUUGCUUAUAUCCGUGGAAUAGGGUGCUUAAUCUGGAAGCAGGAGCUAAUGGAUGUAAUGCAAGUUUCUAAAGGAGGAGAGAUUCUUUCCAUUCGUCUUGCACGCUCUGAACUAGGUGGAAAUGAGCGCAACAAGACCAUUGCUGCUAGCGUUGUGAGCCUUUCUCUUUUUGUGAUAUUGGGUUUCGGCUGCGUUUGGUUUCUGGAGAUACAGAGUGAAACAUAA